AUGGCAGAACGGAUCCUCAUGAACGAGUUUCGCACUCUGUCGCGUGAGAAAUGGGUCAACAUCGAGCUACACAACGACGACAUCUUCAGGUGGGAUGUGGCACUGAUCGUGCUCAACCAGGAAUCCGUCUACUACGGCGGCUACUUCAAGGCCCGGAUGACCUUCCCCCCGAACUACCCCUACGCGCCCCCAGGGUUCCGCUUCCUGCAGCCCCUCUACCACCCCAACAUCUACGCUGACGGCAGACUAUGCAUCUCCAUCCUGCACCCUCCAGGCGAGGAUGAAAUGUCGGGUGAGCUCGCCGCAGAGCGUUGGUCGCCCGCGCAGCGAGUCGAGUCAGUUCUCAUCUCCAUCCUCUCCCUCCUCGACGAUGCCGAGUGCUCCUCCCCCGCCAACGUCGACGCCGCCGUCAUGUUGCGGACUGAUCCGACCAAGUACCAUUCCAUUGUGAAGGGCCACGUCGAGGCAUCCAAGGCCAACCGACCCCCAGGCUUUGUGAUGCCAGUGAACGAGCCUGUGAUCACCCAGGAGGUGGACAAGGAGGAACCGGACUUCUGGGCGGACUCGGACGUGGAUAGCGAUGUGUUCGGCGGGAGCGACUCCGACGAUGACCUGAACGUGGACCAUUUCACCGGUAGCGAUGACGAUGACGAUGACCAGGAGGAUAUGGAUGAGGAUUAG